AAUUCAGAAAUUUCGUUCCAUUUUUCGAUUCAAAGAGGUAGGUGAAAAAUGCAAACAAGGCUUCCAUUUUAGCCCCCUUUACCUUGUUAGAAAAAAACAAGAAAGAAGAACAUGCGUUUCUUCCACAUAUGGCAACUUCUUCCACCAUUCCCAAAAACAGAAACCGAUUCAAACUUCUCUCUGUAUUUCUUCUUUCCCUCUUCUGCUUAUUCCUCUUCAUCAAACGAGCUUUUGAAUCCAAACCCUUAUUUUACGGAGAUCUCAUCUCUCUAACCCCUGCCCCCCUCCUCCUUCUCUCUCCUCCUCCUAGAUCCACUCAGUUUCAUGAAAAUGCCGAUGGUUUGAGAUUAAGACCACCUGCUGUUUCUUCGCAAGUGUCCGAUCCCGUCGGUGAUAAUGUUGGCGGCGAUAUUACAGCAUCGUCAAAAUUGUCUGAGCCCGAGGUUAGAGAAACAACGCCGCCGGCCGUUUCAUCGGAGCCUGAGUUUGAGGACGAUUCCGGUGAAAUUACCGGCGAGCCCGCGUCGGUGGAUGAUGAAACAACACUGCCCAUCUCAUCAAAAUCCGAUCUUGAUGACAAAAAUGCUGUAAAAACCACGGCGCCGUUGGUUUCAUCGGAGCCUGACUCCGGGGACGAUUCCGGCGAAAUAACCGGCGAGCCCGUGUCGGUGGAUGAUGAAACAACACUGCCCAUAUCAUCAAAAUCCGAUCUUGAUGACAAAAAAUCGAUCUUGGUUUCGUCAGAGCCCGACUCCGAGGACGAUUCCGGAGAAAUUACCGGCGAGCCCACCUCGUCGGAAGAUGAAACGACAUUGCCCGUAUGGUCAAAAUCCGAUCUUGACGACAAAACCAGGGCGAAACCAGGAAUUUUCAUCGACACUGCGGUAAUGGAGAAAUUGAGGAAUUGUGAUGUUUACAAGGGAAAAUGGGUUCGAGAUGAUGUCUACCCGCAUUACCAACCGGGUUCUUGCCCGUACGUAGACGACGGUUUCGACUGUCAGGGAAACGGAAGGCCCGAUUCCGACUAUCUGAAAUGGAGAUGGCAACCAGAUGACUGUGAUCUUCCUAGGUUUAAUGCAACGGACUUUUUGGUGAGACUGAGAGGAAAACGGCUUAUGCUCGUAGGAGACUCUAUGAAUCGAAACCAGUUCGAAUCUUUACUGUGCCUUCUUCGUGAAGGUUUACCCGACAAGAGCAAAAUGUACGAAGUCCAUGGCUAUAAAAUUACCAAAGGAAGAGGCUACUACGUUUUCAAGAUCGAGGAUUACGACUGCACUGUGGAAUUUAUCCGAUCCCAUUUCCUCGUUCGAGAAGGGAUUCGUGUAAACGCACAAGGAAAUUCGAAUCCCACUUUAUCGAUCGACCGAAUCGACAAGACAGCUCGAAGAUGGCUGAGAGCUGAUAUUCUUGUUUUCAACACUGCCCAUUGGUGGACACAUGGCAAGACUUCUAAAGGUAAAAAUUACUACAAAGAAGGUAACUUUAUCUACCCUAAGUUUGAUGCUGUGGAAGCAUAUAGAAGAGCAAUCAAGACUUGGGCCAUGUGGAUCAAACGAAACAUAAAAAAGGACAAGUUGGUGUUUUAUCGUGGCUACUCGUCUGCUCAUUUUAGAGGGGGAGAUUGGGAUUCUGGAGGAUCGUGUAACGGUGAGAAAGAACCUGUAAUUCGAGGGCCGAUUAUUGACAGUUAUCCAGAAAAGAUGAGGAUUGUUGAGCAAGUUCUUAGAGAAACGAAGGUGCCGGUUGUUUUAUUGAACGUGACACGGUUAACUAAUUACCGAAAAGAUGGGCACCCUUCGGUUUACGGUAAGAAUGUGACUCUUCUGAAGAAGGUGUCUACACGAAGACAAGAUUGUAGCCACUGGUGUCUGCCUGGUGUACCUGAUGCUUGGAAUGAACUUAUAUACACCUCUUUGGUUGCUACACAAACUAGUUAGUUUUUUAUUUAUUUAUUUUAUUUUAUUUUAUUAUUUUUUUUAAAGAAAAAAAGAAAAUAUUAUUGGGUUUAUAGAGAGAGAUUUGAAAAUAGAAGUCAAUGCCACUUGGGACUAUGUAUUUAUAGGAACAUAAAUUGUUUUUUUGUAGAAAGAUUCGAAUUUUGAUAAAAGUGGAAAAAAAUUUCGGCGACGCAAGUGAAAAUGUGUGCUCGUAUGCGACGGAAAUGUAUACACACUGAGGCCUCGUUUGGUAUUACUGAAUAAUGACGAUAUUUAUAUU